AGAGACAUGAUUAUCUCUUCUGAUGGAAAAAGCAUCCAUAUGACUACCCAGGCUGCCACCCAUCGCUUGCUGAGAGCUGCAACAAUUGCUGUGUUCUUCUCGGCUAUUUUUACACCCAAUCCCUGGCUGGCUAGAAGGGCACACGCCGGACCAAUGGAGCCUAAGAUUCGACAGAUUCUCAAGACAACCGUGAUACUAAUAACGGCAUGCGUUUGGCGCACAAUAUAAAAACCCCUUGCGCAUGACAUACGCAAGGGCGCGCACUUCUCCCGGCAGGUCUCACGUAACCUCUUCGACGAGUUGGAAGUGCCCUUUCCCUUCUCCCUUUCAGCAGAUCAGGGUUUGGAAACGUAGAGAAGAUGGCUAGUACCUUCGAUCCCCCGAGUACGCUCAAACCCGCCCAAGUUGCUAUCUCUAUGGUCGAGCAUGGGGUGGCGAAACAUAGGACGCGGCAUGAUAAGAUCUUCCUCAAGGCCGUUGCUGCGGGUGUCAUGCUAUCGUUCGGAGGCUUACUCUCAGAAAUCAUUUCCGGAGGUUCUGCUGGUAUCAAUGCAAACAAUCCAGGCUUAGUGAAGAUACUGGGAGGAUUUGUCUUCCCCGUGGGCUUGGUGAUGAUUGUUCUGCAGGGCCAAGAGUUGCUCACGAGUAACAUGAUGAUCCAUCCAAUGGCGGUCCUGAAGGGCGCCAUUCCUUGGUGGAGUCUACCGUUGAAUUGGAUUAUAGUUUUCUUUGGUAACCUCGCUGGAAGCCUGUUCUUCGCGGCUGUAAUCACCAAGUACAGCGGUAUCAUUUCCACGGAGCCCUACAUCACCUUUGCGCAGACUUUCGCCUUGCGCAAAGCGAAGGAUCCUCAAUGGCACCAAAUAUUCUUGAGAGGAAUUGGCUGCAAUUGGUUAGUCUGCGUCGCCGUCUGGCAAGCGGCAGGAGCACGGGAGACGAUCUCCAAGAUCUUUGCCAUUUGGAUUCCAAUUUGGGUUUUCGUAGCGUGUGCUUUUGAUCACAUUGUUGCAAACAUGUUCUCAGUUCCCCUGGGCAUCCUGUUUGGUGCAGACUUGACAGUGGGCGAAUACAUUCGAAAGUCUCUUUUUGCCUCGCUUUUCGGCAACAUCGUUGGUGCGCUCUGUGUGGCCCUGCCCGCCGUUUAUUGGUAUCUACCAGACUAUAAGUAUGAAGAUACCGAGCUCCGAGGCCUCGAGACCGGGGAGGGCGCGAACCAAGGAGCUGGUAGUACGGGUACUGGGUCUGGCAGUUCGGAUGUCCGGAGGGAGGUGUACCGGGUGCCCAGCAAACAGUCACAGUGAGCCUUGAUGAACCCGUUGCAUGUAUGUGGCCUUUUGUGCGCUUGAUUUCUACUAAUCCACAUCUACUACUGCAUCUAGUUUUAGUCACUGCUUUUGUACGAUUAUUCCGACGUCCUAUUUUUUACGUUUUCUUUUUUGCACGUCCCGCUGGCUGACAGGACUUGAGCUUUUUCAUCUGUCUCAGUCUGCAAGACGCAGGCAUGACCUCAGGCAGGUAAGAGAAUAUCAAGAGGCCUUAUGCUGAUGACUGCGCCAGUCACUGAGGUUGUUGUGUCUACAGUUAUAAGUUAAGCUGGUGCAGCUGCAUAGAUGGCAGUCUUCACGUCGUGUCGCGAUCCUUUCCCCUAGUCCAUUCGAUAAGCUCAAUCGAAUGGUUACAACAAAGUACUGGACCAUCUGUUGAUGGCAGCAGGGCCUAGCUAACACCUGGACCUUUGAUCAUCUGCCAAAACAAUUCUGGCAUACUCCGCUUGCUGAGCUGUUCCAACAUCCAAGGUGUAAGAAUUAAGAUUACGUCAACUCUGUACGUUGGACGUAUCUCUAUGAUCGGAGCGAAAGUGCUUUGAAAGCUUGUAUAUAUGCCGAUUGUCUUCGGUAUUUGAUUCUAUACGGAUAAAUCUAAAGGAUAUAAAGCAGUUGUUGGAACUCUCGAAC